AUGAUAAUGAUUAACAAAACAUUAUCAGUAUGUUCAGUUAAUUUAAUCGAAAUGGGUACAUGUUAUGGCAAACGUUCCGCUUGCUAUGAUUUAAAUCAAUCACGUCGUACAAUAACAAAAACAGAAAUAUAUGAAUUGAAACCACCUGAAACACCAGCAACGUUACGUCGCUUUAGUAGUUUACGACAUAGUGUUAAAACAUUUUCAUCUAUGGCACAUCAUCGACGAAGUUUACGAUAUAAACCAAUAACAAUUGUUAUGAGUCCGAAUAAACAUACAACUAUUGGUGGUGGUCAUCGUAGUACAAGAAAAAAACAUUGGUGUAUUAUACAUUAUAAUGAAACAAAAGAGGCACUUGUAUAA